AUGUGGGCCGCAACAAUGCCUUAUUAUUCGGAAUACCAGUCAGACCGUUCAAGGCGCGAUACUCAAGCAAAAUUGAGCCCGCAGGCUAAUGUCGGCACCGAUAUGACAAGCUACUACGAUGUUUCUCCCCCAACCUCACACUCACCUCUUGAUCUGGACGAAUAUCUGGUACCAGCUGUCGACGGUCCUCCAUCUCCCGAAAGAAUACGCCAGUUGAGCAAACAGAUGAAACAUGCGUCUCACCUCAACCGCGGCCAACGCACCGCAUCCACUGGGUCCUCUACAUUUGUGAAUGCUGAGCGCGGAUGGGAGCAGGGGUUCGAGAACAUGAGCAUCACUCGGCACUCAUCUCAACGAUCUACAACAACUAGUGGCAGUUCUUCUCGAGACCGACCUGACAGCGUCCAGGUAUUAGGCAAGAACAUAUUUCAUCGCCGUGCAAAGUCGAGCAAGUCCGGUCGUGCAAGACGUGAAAGCAGUGCCCAAAGCUCAGCAGCAAGCUCACUAUAUUCCACCGAAGUGAGCAGCGAAACCUCCUUGGCUACUUUCAAAGACUCUAUCAUGCCGACCAUCUUCGCGCGCCGGAAGUCUUCCCGAGACGACGCCGCCCUUCAGAAGAAGCUUCAAAUCUCUGGACCCUUUAACUUCCAACAUGUGACUCAUACUCCUCGAGAUCAAAUCGCUAAUUCAGCCUCACGUGCUCCUACACAUGAGUUGCGCCUGCCCAACUUCUCUGCUUCUACUGAACACGUCCCCGAUCCUCAGGUAUCACCUCGUAGUUCAAGAGUCUCUGUCUUUCCACGACGUUACAUCAAGCAAGCCAAAUCUCAGGAGCAGCUUCGCACCAGCCCACCUCGGCCAGUUAGACCCCCAAGAUCACCACCAGCUGAGGCGCUGCACUCACCUACCUUGGGCGCUCCCAUGCCUCCCCCGAGGAGUUCAAGCCGACAGCCAAGAGAUGGCGACGCACUUGCGAUAACGGGCCGGGACCGUCCUCUAACAAGUGGUGGCUUCCGACACCCUCAGCCUUUUAGCCCCAAUGACCCCGUCGAGCGAUCUUCAGCAGUCAAUCCUGGGUAUGGCAUCGCACUGGAUCGAGAGCCGGCGGACGACCAUCGCUUCUCGCAUGCCAUCACUACUCCCGACGAUGCGGCCUGGCCACUUCCUGCCGCUGUGAACUAUGAGCCACCGUUGCCAGAUGUACCCGAGGAGGAGGAGAUGGGACGUUCGCCGAAGAGCGCUACCAGCACGAAGUCGUCGCUUCGUGCUAGCCAAUCAGUCCCUCUGCUGAGGGGACCCCAGUCUUCGGAUAACGCUGCUACCCAACGUAGUGCUGGACAUUACAAGGGCAAUGCGGUUCAUAUCCACUCCAUCAGGGAGAGUUGGGAGGAUGACAUCGACUACUGUUACGAACAUGAGGCCGACGCCAACUUCGAUUACGAAUGGGAAAGGCCGUCCGUGGACACUUCACGAGAGGUUGCUCCUGGGUUUCGACUGGAUUUGUUCGAUGACGAUGAGCUGAGGGAGUUGCCGACCGUCGGCACAGCCGAGUCGUCUCCCGGUAUGCUUUCCGCAUCCCGUUUUGAUAUGCCAGCUCUAAGCUCAGCUAGUCACGCUUCACCCGAGAGCACCUUCGAGACCUCUUCUCCACACACAGGAAUGGGGAUUGCAGUGACCAACAACUUCUCAUUCCCCCGCGGAGAGAAGGGUCGCCGUCCCAAGCUCAACCAUUCCCGAAGCGACUCUCGCGCCUCUAGCUUCAAAGAGUCAUACGGCUUUACCUUGUCACCCUCGCUACUUAUUCCUGGCGACUAUCACCAGCAGAUGCUUCUCAACGAGGCUGAGAAGCUGGGCUAUUCUGGCGAGGAUGAUGUGAUUCGUGGUAUCGUCGACCAUGACCAUCCCUACGAGAAUACCAGCAAUGCUGCCAGUCACAACUCUCUUCACAUGUCCCACCAACGCGCGAGCACCUCUACCACUGCUACAAACUCCACUACACUCUCCGACUCUACCGGAGAGCGCCAUGUUUCUACCAACUCUACCUGGACCAACCUCACCCGGCUCACAAGCAGCACUUCACUGAACAAAUGGGUCGAGCAAAACGAUGGGGUCCGUGAAUCUCUAAUUAUCAAGUCUCACAAUGAUAGCGAUGAGGAAGACACCACCCCUCCCGCAUCCAUCGAGAAAGACACCGUCCCCGAGCUUACACCGUUCCCCUCCGUACCUGUUGGCAAGAGGGCUCACCACAAGAGCCAUGCAAGCGAGUCCGUUGUUCGGGAUGAUGCCCCCAUCAACAAGUCGGUCGAAGCCACCAAGACCCGACGCCCUCGCGCCAGAACCACAAGCCUCAGCACCCAGGCACCUCCCCCUGUUGGGCAGUAUGCCCUUUUCCCCCGUGCAUAUGCUAAGGGCAAUGGCGAUCGCAUUUAA